GGAAUACCAUGAAAGCACAGUCACAAGCCAGAGAGGAGGAAAGUGAACCGCCGCUCGGCUGAAGUGAAAGCGAGACAGAGCGGGGGUUCACCCUGCAGCAGAGGACGGAGAGCAGCAGAGCGCUGCACGGGCUUGUGUCGAGCUUUAAAAGCGAGAGAGCUGGUAUGCUGCGCUUCCUGUUUCUAAAGUUGACUGGAGUCGCACUUUAAAUGCAGUGGAUCCGGUGACAGCUUCGACACAAACACAGCAAGAGACACGGCCGACAUGGAGAACGGGAAGAGCCGCCUGCAGCAGACCCAGGAGGAGGUGGAGGAGGUGAGGGUCAUCAUGCUGGACAACCUGAACAAGGCUGAAGAAAGAUCUGGCAAACUGGGCGAACUGGAGAAUAGGGCUGAUAAGCUGCUGGCAACGAGUAAAACUUUUGAAAAGACCUCCAACCAGGUGAAGCAAAAGAAAAGAUGGGAGAACAAGAGGAUGAAAAUUCUGUUCACGGUCGUUGGAGUGGUAGCUGCACUCAUCGUUUUCGGACUUAUAAUCUAUGCCAUUGUUGGAUAGCAUACGAGGACAGUAGCUCCUCUGCUAAUGAAAAGAAAAUAAGAUAUUGGGACAGAGAGACAUGAAGUGGACACGGAUAAAACGUCCAGGAGAAGAGGAGAUCCAAACUCCGGGACUCGAGCAUCUCGCCUGAACUGCUCAUUCUGUGAUAUUUCUGUGUUUAGAGAUAUUUAUGGGAGAAUGCAUUAGUGUCUUCAAUCGAUAUGGUACUGUUGAUUGCUCAGCUGCUUCUUCUCUUUUUUAUAACUUUUUUGAGUCAUAUCCCUGUCCAGCCCAUAGCGGCAGGACACACUCGUUCACGCAUGGAUUGAAUGUCCAUUGAAUGGAGUAGAGCCAGUACCACUACCCUCCCCGUAAAAACUCACUCAUAAAGUUUUGUUAAAAUUAGAAAACUAUGAAUUACUAAUAUUUUUAACCAAACAUCAUUAGGCUGCUAAUGUUGUACUAUUUGCUUGUACAUACUGGUUCACAUUUGACAGCAAGACUCAUAGGAACAGAAAAUUGCCAUCUGGUGGCUUAAACGAAGGCGGAUUUCGGACGAAGACUGAGGAGAACACAGAACACAUGCCGAAUUUGGUAAAUAUGUACUAGCUGAAAUGGGAAAGAAUAAACUGAUGAAUUGUAACAUAAAAUUUCUGCUGUUAAAAAUGAAAUGUUCUCAAAGCUGCCUGCAUCAUUAAAAUGUGUUUUCUUGA